GCGACCCGGAAACUCUCGUCGUCCGCUCUCUCACAUGUGGACGGAGGGUUUUAACAGUGACGGGCUGAGCUCCUUCUGUCCUCCUCUCUCUGACUCUCACAACAGUAAAACACACAGUAACGAGGGAUGAGUCCUCCCGUUUUCGGAACGUAGAGAAGCAGCAGUAGCCCGUGUUUACCGUCCCCCUCCUUCACCCCGCGGAGGAGCUGCUGCUGCUGCUGCUGCUGAGAGCAGCAUGGAAAAGCUGGAGCUGAGCCUCACAUCACUGACCACGAUCUCAAGACAUGUCGACAAAAGCCACAACGAGCUCAGCAAGUACCUAAGCAAACAGAUAUGGAGCCAACAGGACAGGCAGUGCAUCCUGGGGUGUCUAGCUCAGCUCCUGCUGGAGAAAGAUUACACCCUCCUCCUCGCCCGGCACCUGCGCCCACUGAUCCUGGACCUGCUGGAGAGGAACGCUGAGAGGAUCAAGACGGACGUCAGGCUCAAUCAUGACCUCCACGAGCGGCUAUGCGUGGCACUCAGCAAGCUCCUCAGCGUCAGUCCAGAUGCUCAGGCGUUCGCAGCAAGGUACUUCAACAGCGCCCCGCCCGUCUUUCAGAGACUCUUCUUCACCAGCGAAGAGUCCGCCUCCAUCCAGUAUGGCCCCCGUCGCAUGAAGCUGCGGGACCUGAUGGGGGCCACUCUUCGCUUCCUCCAGAGUGAUUGUGAGAAGUUUCGAGUGCUGUGGGACUGGAGCGCCUGUAUCUCACAGCUGCUCACGAGCGACGUCAUGGUCCGAGGUUACACUGCACAGUGCCUUGCUUUGGUGUCCCACAUGACUGAUAACCAGAAAACAAUCUUCCUAAGGAAGGUUCUCUCCAGUGAGGAGAUUCUGCAUCUAAAAAUGAAGUCAUUAGAAGAGGCCCAGCAGCUUGAAGUAGAACGAGCUCUGGUGUUGGCCAAUCAGGGCUCAGUAAUGUGGCGUUUGGAAAGAGGAAACAAGUUCUCCAAAGGUCAGGUGGUGUCUGAGGACCUUUCUCAGACUGUCACCGCUGUGUGUGGAGUGAUUUUGCCAAGACUGACUCCUCGACGGGAAGAACAGACAUGUUUAAGAAAUCUGGUGCUAGUGGAUUCGAGCUGUCGAAACCUCAGACGACUUGCCAUGGCUGUAGCAUCCCAGAAGCCUGUUCUUCUGGAAGGACCCAUUGGCUGUGGCAAAACAGCCCUGGUCGAAUAUCUAGCAGCUGCAACUGGACACGUUAAGGCCCCUGAUAUCCUCAAGGUUCAGCUUGGAGAUCAGACAGACAGCAAGAUGUUGCUGGGGAUGUACCGGUGCACAGAUAUUCCAGGGAAGUUUGUAUGGCAGCCAGGGUCCCUCACUCAGGCAGUGUCGAAGGGCCACUGGAUCCUCCUGGAGGACAUCGAUCAUGCUCCUCUGGAUGUGAUAUCAGUGUUGCUGCCUCUGAUGGAGAACAAGAAACUGACCAUCCCUGGCCGAGAGGACUGUAUUCAGGUGGCCCCUGGCUUCCAGUUUUUUGCUACAAGAAGGAUGUUCUACAGUGGUGGAGCUUGGCAUCGACCCCAGAACACCCACGCAGCUUUACUGGACAAAUACUGGAACAAGCUUCAGAUUGGAAAUAUGACCAGAGAUGAACUCAAACUGGUCCUAGUGCAUAAGUACCCAAGUCUGACUACGGUGGUGGACCGCCUGCUAGACAUUUAUUGUCAGCUGACUGGGGACAGACACCACAUCUCGGUCAGCUCAAGCCUUCAGAACCCAAGUGAAGAGAAGCCCACACUGCUGGAGGGCAGAGGACUUUCUCUGAGGGACUUGCUGAAGUGGUGUGAUAGAAUAUGCAUGAACUUUGACAACUCGUCCUCUGCCACAUCUCAGAACGUCUUCCUAGAGGCCCUGGACUGUUUUACUGCCAUGUUGUCCAAAGUAGAGAGCAGACUAAAGUUGGCAGAGAUCAUUGGCAGCAAGCUUAACAUUUCCAAAGAGAAGGCUCAUCAUUACUGUCAGCUGUAUCAGCCGGGCAUUAUAGUGACGGAGCUGGAGGUGACGGUGGGACGCGGAAUGCUGCUGCGCAAACAGUGUGAUGUUGUGCGCCUCGAAACCGAGAAACAGACCUUUGCCGCCACGCGACCCUCCUCUGUGCUGUUAGAGCAGCUGGCUGUGUGUGUCACAAAGGGAGAGCCGGUUCUGUUGGUUGGAGAGACGGGCACAGGAAAGACAUCAACCGUGCAAUACCUGGCUGGACUCACAGGACACAAGCUGCGUGUGGUCAACAUGAACCAGCAGAGUGACACCGCAGACCUGCUGGGAGGGUAUAAACCUGUGGACCAUAAGCUGAUCCUGUUGCCGCUGCGCGAGGCGUUUGAGGACUUGUUCUCUCAGACGUACUCUCGGAAGCAGAACAUCACUUUCCUGGGUCACGUGCAGACUUGUUUCCGUGGAAAGCGCUGGCAGGACCUGCUCAAACUCAUGGAUCAUGUGUGCAAGUCUGCUCUCACCAAAGAGCUGCAGGACAAGCCUAAUGCUGCACUGUUGCAAGAGCAGUGGGAGGCACUGGCUCUGAAACUCAGUCAGACACAGGAACAGAUACGAGCACGAGAAUCUGCACUGGUCUUUGCCUUUGUUGAGGGCACCCUAGCUCAGGCAGUGAAGAAGGGAGAGUGGAUUUUGCUGGAUGAAAUAAAUCUUGCUGCCCCGGAGACGCUGGAGUGUCUGAGUGGUCUGCUGGAGGGCAGUGCUGGCUCUCUGGUGCUGCUGGACCGAGGAGACACAGAGCCACUGGUCCGACAUUCAGACUUCCGCCUGUUUGCCUGCAUGAACCCGGCCACUGAUGUGGGCAAGAGGAACCUGCCUCUGGGCAUCCGCAACAGGUUUACUGAGCUUUAUGUGGAAGAGCUGGAGAGUGAGGGAGAUUUACGGAUCCUCGUCUCAGAUUACCUCAAAGGCCUUAACUUAAACAGGAGCAUCAUCCAUGGAGUCAUCAGUUUUUACCUGGCGGUUCGUAAGGAGGCUAACUCGCGCCUUGUGGACGGCACCGGCCACAAACCUCACUACAGCUUGCGCACGCUGUGCCGGGCUCUGAAGUAUGUGGCUGCCAACCCCUGUUACAGCAUCCAGCGCUCCCUAUAUGAGGGGUUUUGCCUAAGCUUCCUAACCCAGCUGGACCGCAGUUCUCAUCCCAUUGUAGAGAAGCUGGUGUACCAGUACAUCCUGGGAGGAAACAUCAAGUCUCUUAAACAGCCCAUUCCGGAGCCCCGGUCACGAGGGUAUGUGCAGAUGGAGGGCUACUGGGUGAGUCAGGGAGAUAUGGACCCAGCACUGGACCCCAGCUACAUCCUGACCCCCUCAGUCCGACUCAACCUUCGAGACCUGGCCCGCGUGGUGGCCGCUGGAAUUCACCCCGUCCUGAUCCAGGGCGAGACCUCUGUGGGGAAGACCAGCCUGGUCCGAUGGCUCGCAGCUGCCACGGGGAAUCAGUGCGUGAGAAUCAACAACCACGAGCACACAGACAUUCAGGAGUAUAUCGGCUGCUACUCCUCUGAUGAGCACGGCAAGCUUGUCUUCAAAGAAGGCGUUUUGAUCGAUGCCAUGCGGAAGGGCUACUGGAUCAUACUGGACGAGUUGAACCUCGCCCCCACCGAUGUCCUGGAAGCUCUGAACAGAUUGCUGGAUGACAACAGGGAACUCUUCAUUGCCGAGACUCAGGAAGUUGUCAAAGCCCAUCCUAGAUUCAUGCUCUUCGCUACCCAGAAUCCCCCUGGGCUCUAUGGUGGUAGAAAGGUUUUGUCCAGGGCGUUCAGAAACCGUUUUGUGGAGCUGCACUUCGACGAGCUUCCCAGUGAGGAGCUGGAGACCAUCCUGCACCAACGUUGCAGCCUGCCCCCUUCCUACUGCACCAAACUGGUCAAAGUCAUGCAGAACCUACAGUCUUUGCGGAGGGGCUCCAGUGUGUUUGCUGGAAAGCAUGGUUUCAUCACUCUCCGAGACCUGUUCCGCUGGGCUGAGCGCUAUAGGCUAGAGGAGCAGACUGACACCUCCCGUGAUUGGCUGCAGCAUUUAGCUAAUGACGGUUACAUGCUGCUGGCAGGCCGCGUUCGUCGACCAGAGGAGGCCUUGACUAUCCAGAACAUUUUGGAAAAGCACUUUAAGAGGACAGUAAACCCUGAGGCAUUGUUCUCAGAAGAUCAGGUCACCAGUCAGUUCAGUCCGUUUGUGGCGAGCAUUGCUGGUGUUCCUGAGGAGUUUGGUCAUGUGGUGUGGACUGAAGGCAUGAGAAGGCUUGCUGUGUUGGUGGGCCGUGCACUCCGUUUUGGAGAGUCUGUCUUACUGGUGGGAGAUACUGGGUGUGGCAAAACCACAAUCUGCCAGCUGUUUGCUGCUUUGGCGGGGCAGAAGUUUUUCUCAGUCAACUGCCAUCUGCACAUGGAGACCUCCGAUUUCCUGGGUGGACUGCGGCCUGUCCGUCAUGCUGGGACGGGACACGGCGAUGCUGAGGACGGACGUCUGUUUGAGUGGCGUGACGGGCCUCUAGUGCUGGCUAUGAGACAGGAGGGAGUGUUUCUGAUGGAUGAAAUCUCACUGGCAGAUGACUCUGUGCUGGAGAGGCUCAACAGUGUGUUGGAGACAGAGAAGUCUCUGGUCUUGGCAGAGAAAGGCAGCGGGGAUGAUGAUGAUGUGGAGCUCAUCAUUGCAGGGAAGAAGUUCAGACUGGUUGCCACCAUGAAUCCUGGUGGAGACUUUGGCAAGAAGGAGCUCUCUCCUGCACUGAGGAACAGGUUCACAGAGAUCUGGUGUCCUCAGACUAAUAGUCGCAGUGACUUGAUGAAGAUCAUCCAGCACAACCUGAGAUCAGGGCUCUCUCUGGACCAGCGUGACCAUCAAGGUAAAGACAUCGCUGAGCUCAUGCUGGACUUCAUCGACUGGCUGACCAAUCAGGAGUUUGGUAGGCGGUGUAUCUUGAGUGUAAGGGACAUCCUGUCCUGGGUGGACUUCAUGAACACGGUGUGUGAGCAGGACGAGGCUCGAGACGAAAACCACUUCAUGUCUCUGGGAGAGGUGGAGGAGCCGGAGUGGGACCAGAGGCUGGACACGGUCACUGCCUUCAUCCACGCUGCCUGUCUGGUCUAUGUGGAUGGCAUCGGAUCAGGCACCACUGUAUCAGCAGCAGAGAAUGCGUCAGCGGCACGGAAGGCCUCCCUGGCCUUUCUGGAGUCCAGGCUGCGCAGAAUCACUGAGCUGGACAAGAAGGUGCAGGAUGCACUGAGAGUUUACGAAAGCAUCCAGCACCGAGAGCCACGCUGGGGGGAAGACUUCUUUGGCAUUGAGCCCUUUUACAUAAUGUCUGGUCCUGAGAGCGAGGGUCGCAGUGUGUCCGAUUAUGCUCUGGGUGCGGGCACCACAGCGGUGAACGCUAUGAGGGUUUUACGGGCAUUAAAGCUGCAGAGACCCAUUCUGCUGGAGGGAUCGCCCGGAGUCGGCAAGACCAGUCUGGUGGCUGCACUUGCCAAGGCAUCUGGAAAUCACCUCAUCAGAAUCAACCUCUCCGAACAAACUGAUGUGACGGACCUGUUUGGAACAGAUCUUCCAGUGGAGGGUGGUAAGGGGGGAGAGUUUGCCUGGAGGGACGGUCCUCUCCUGGCUGCGCUGAAGGCUGGUCACUGGAUUGUUCUAGAUGAGCUAAAUCUGGCCUCUCAGUCCGUGUUGGAGGGUCUGAAUGCCUGUUUCGACCACAGAGCGGAGAUUUACAUUCCUGAAUUGAGCAUGCGCUUCCAUGUCCAGCAAGAGAAGACCAAAAUCUUUGGCUGCCAGAACCCCUUCACGCAGGGAGGAGGCCGCAAAGGUCUUCCCAAGUCCUUCCUCAACAGGUUUACUCAGGUAUUUGUGGACCAGCUGACCAGUGAAGACAUGCAGUUUAUUGGUAACUCCAUCUUCCCAAACAUCAACGAGCAGAUCAUCUCCAAAAUGGUGCAGUUUAGCAACAAGCUUGUCCAUGAGGUGACAGUAGAGAGAAAAUGGGGUCAGAAAGGAGGACCAUGGGAGUUCAACCUGCGCGAUCUCUUCCGCUGGUGUCAGCUGAUGCAGGCCGACCAAUCCCCAGCCUUCUAUAACCCUGGUCAGCAUGUUGGGCUGGUGUAUGCAGACCGGAUGAGAACUGAAGCAGAUAAAGCUCAGGUGCUGUCUGUGUUCAGGAAGGUGUUCACAGAGGAUUUUGAGCCUUACAUGGGCUCCAGACAGUUCCAUAUUACUCCGCUUAACCUGCAGGUCGGCUCUUCAGUCCUUCAGCGCAGUGGUGGGGCACCUGUUGCCUUGGACCCACCUCUGUCUAUUACUCAUCAAGUUCUAAGGCCACUGGAGUCCAUAAUGAAGUGUGUAAAGAUGGGCUGGAUGGCUAUCUUGGUGGGCCCCACUGCCAGUGGCAAGAGCAGCCUUGUUCACUUGUUGGCCCUGCUGACCGGACAUAGACUCAGAGUCAUGGCCAUGAACAGUGCUAUGGACACCACAGAACUGCUGGGCGGGUUUGAACAGGUGGACAUCAUUCGGCCAUGGCAGCAGGUGUUGGAGAGCAUGGAUUACGUGGUUGCCAUGGUGACCCGGCGUGGCUUGAUGUCGUUGGACGGGGCGGUGCAGGACACAGAGUUCCUGCUCAGCACGUGGAGCACGUUUCGCCGCUGGCUGAAGGACGAGGGGCUUGACUCUACUGAGGGAACCGUGACCUUUGAGGCCCUGAACAAACUGGAGGUCAUCAUAGUGCUUCUGCAUAAACUCAACACCAAGCUGAAGGUCUUCACAGACAUGUCAAAGCUGCAGCUGGACUUCACCCUGCUGAAGGAGCGUCUGGCGCAGAUGGAGGACGGCUGGAGUCAUGGUGGUUUCGAGUGGCUUGACGGCACACUGGUGCAGGCCCUGCAGGCCGGGGACUGGCUGCUUAUGGACAACGUCAAUUUCUGCAGCCCAUCAGUGUUGGAUCGUCUGAAUGCACUUCUGGAGCCGGGUGGGUCUUUGACCAUUAAUGAGCGUGGAGUCAUUGACGGCACAACCCCUAGCAUCACCCCUCACCCCAACUUCAGGUUGUUCCUCACAAUGGAUCCUGCUCAUGGAGAGAUCUCUCGGGCUAUGAGGAACCGUGGGGUGGAAAUCUAUAUCCCAGGAGAGAAUGAGGGUGUGUGUUGGGACUCUCUGGACCUGAAGACAGUAUUACACACUCUAGGAGUGACCGGAGACUGUGUUUGUGACAUACUGAUGUCUGUUCACUCUGAGAUCAAGUCGGCGAUCUGGGACUCUCCAGCCUCCUCAGUGUUGUCUCUCCUGCAUGCUGCGGCUCUGUUGUCCAGUCAGCUGCAGAGAGGAGUGGAUCUGCCCAGUGCGCUGCUGCAGGCCUGUGGUGAGGCUUAUGCCCUCUGCCAGCGCACCACCAACAACCAACAGUUGGCUCAGGAGGUGAUAGAGAGGCAGUUGGCUGUUUUGGACUCAGAGGAAUGGGGCAGCAGGCUGUUGUGUGCGGGUGUGUGGCCGGACAGGGUGCCCUCGGCCCUGCAGAGCACAGAAGAUUCGUGCUUCGCCAGCGUCCAGAGAGACGGCCAGGUUCUCCUCUACUGCCUCAACACACUCAGCCUGCAGAGCAAGAGGAGCCGGCCCCUGAGCCUGACUGACCUGCAGAGGGCGAUGCAGAGUGGAGCAGCGCUGGAAGGACUGCAGUUCUCUGGGGGAGGGCCAGCAGGAGGGGCUGAGGGUGGAGUCAGUGAUGCGCAGCAGGUUCUGCCCACUGCUGUGCGGAUCCUCACUGAGAGAGCCUCACACAGUGACUGGGUUCUCCGCACCAGCUGGCUCGCCCACCUCGCCAAGAGCUACAAAUUUGUUCCAGAAGCCGCCCUGAUGCAGCUGGAGGCGGGAAGCAGAGCUCUCAAAGCCGUCUUCAACAGCAAACUCAUCGGCAAAGGCAAAUACCUAACUGAGCACCUCCAGCCACAUAGCACAGAUGACUACAGGAUCUUGGUAGACAUGCGCUGGAACAAACAGUACCUGGAUAUUUUGGCCAACACCUGUAACUUUGAGGAUGAGGAGAGAUGUAUGGAGUUCAUGGAGGCUCUGUAUGCUGUCGCCAACAGGAUCAUAAUACUGAUGGACAGGGAGGAGAGAGCAGCUAUCGGCAGCAGUACUGGAAAUAUGUCACCCCAUAACAGUGCACUGAGACUGGCCACUGCUUUCUCUAAAGGAACUGUAGAUAUUGGGCACCUGCCACACCCAGUCCUGGUGCACUUGAGGCCUUUCUUUGAUCUGUGGGACGCCUUCGUACUCCAGGCUGUGCAGACAGAUCAGCCCAACAUCUCUGACCACCUUAUGUUUGAGAUCCUGCAGCUGCUUCAGUGGAGGGAUCGCUUCUGGCAUGUGUGUAACUCGUUGCCGGCAGACACUCGUGGAGUGUGUGUGCUCUCUCUGCACUGGCAGUGGGUUCACAAACACCUGGUCCUGAGGCUGCCGCAGCUGCUGAUGGGAGAUGGAGACUAUGAAGGGCAGCAGGAACUGCACACCAUCUCCACAGCCAUCCAGAACACGCUGUCAAGCUCUGUGUCUGUGGCCUCGGCAUUGAAGAGCAUUCAGAAAACACUGGGAAAACCGCUGCCUUUUAAGCUGCAGUCAGUGGCCGAAUGUGCUGAUCGCCUCCGCUUCCUCAGCAGAGCGUUAGAUAUCAGAGACGUGCGGCUGGACGGCAGCACACCGUCCGUUUGGAAACGUGAGGUGACUCGUCUUCGGGGUGCUGCCAUGGGGAUAGACUCUAAAGAAGCUCUGCUGGAGGGAUGGGGUUUGGUUCUACAGGCCAAUCUUCUGCUGGACCCUCAGAGCACUGGUGUGCUGGAGAGACUGGUCACCUGUGUGGAGCAGCAGCAGAGUCACAUGGCUUCCUGUGGUCUGCUGGAUUCUCUUUCUGAGAACAUGGAUGAGGACGGGCUGGGUGAAGGUGCUUCUCCAGGUCGUGAAGUGCUACUGCAGCUGGGCCGCAGAGCUCAGCUCUGGCCUGUGCUGGAAGAACUGGCCAUUCUUAACCAGAUGAAAGUGACCGCAGACCUACUGCACCUGUCUGUAACCCAAAGAGGGAAUAAGGAAGCGGAAGCUGGUCUUUGUCGCUCCCUUUCCAAUCACCUGCGCUUCUGCAUGCAGUCUACGCCCAUGAACAUCCGCCAGCUGCAGCCGCUGUUUUUCCUUCUGGGCACAGAACGGCCUGUAGAGGAGCUGCAGCUAGUGUGGUGUGAGCUGCUGUCUGAGACUCUGACAUCGCUGUGGAAUAGCAGUGUGACGUCUGACCCGGAGCGCUGGCUGAAGUGGAGCCCGCUGAGUCCAGAGGAACAGAAAAGCUCCAGGUCACUGCUGGGGCCCUCAGAUACGGGUCCAGGCAUGCUGAGUCGAGCUGUGUGGUCCCGGUGUGUUCUGGGAGUUUUGAGUGGCAGUGAGGUGGGCGGUCGUUGGGACCCGUCGGGCUCUUCCUUCCUGUCGUCAUCGCGUGUAACACUGGGCGAGUGGAGAGAGAGAGUGGGGCAGCUGCAGGACCUCAGUGCUGUGCUGUGGGACAACAUGGCCAUGCCUGAACUCGCUGAUUUCAGGUUAACAGACUGCAGGCUGCAGGGGUUGGUGUUGUGCCGACAGUUGCACUCUCUCUCUGACCUGCUGUCUCCAGGCUUACAGGAGAGCUACACCGAGUCCUGUGAGAGUCUCAUCGAUGGUCAGGACCCCGUCAGAGCAGCCCAGGAGAUACAGGUGGCCCUCAGAGAGGGCUUACCUGAAAACCUUCUCCCAGAAGGCUUUCUGGAAACGCUGGUGACCUGCCUGACCCAGUUCUCUCAUAACCGCGUGCAGGACUCGGUUCAGCUGGCCCGGUCCGGCGUCUUCUGGGUGAACAUGGGUCUGCUGCAGAUUCAGGUUUGGGCUCCUCAGACCAUUUUUGACCCUGCAGUGAAGAGGGCUUACAAACUCAGCUACGCACAAGAAGAGCUUGCCCUGCUCCAGGACGAGUGGAGGGGGAGGAGUCUUUCCUCUCAACUGCUGACAGGGGCGGAGCUUGAAGAAAGCAGCACCACUGAUGCCUUCCAGCAUCCUCGAAUCAGGUACCUGUGGAUCCGGAUGCAGCAGGUGAAAGAGCAGAUUUGUGAGCUCGGCCGUAAGCAGGCCUGUCGCCCCGCAGACCCACAGUAUGGCCGUCUCUAUCAGGAGCUCCAGCACUACCUGUGCAGCAUUGGGCAGCCAGCAGCUGUGGGAGAUCUGCUGUCCCACCUGCUGAAAGCUCUACAGGGCCCCGGGCCUAAAUCCAGACCGGGCAUCCAGGGUCUGCUGAAGGAAGAGGCCGUGUGGCAGGCCUCUCAGCAGCGCUUCGCUCAGCGGCUGGCUGAGGAGUACCCGCUGUACCCGGAUGUGGUGGUGCCUCUGCGCGCAGCCAUCCUGCAGCUGCAGCACGGCAUGCGUCUCCUGGCCUCGCAGGUCUCUUCCUCGCUGACCGCGCUGCCGGGUCUGCCCCGCCUCCUCUCCACCCUGCUGCCCUUCCCCUGUGGACCACUGAGCUCUGACCUGGCCAGCGCAGACUUCCUGUGCUCUCGAGCCUGCGCAGACGUGCUGCGGGGGCUGGGGAAGCUGCUGCCGGCUGCCGAGGCGCCCAGAGUGGUUCCUGAAUCCGCCGUCCUGCUGCUUAGUGCACUGCUGCGCCUGCAGAGCCACGCCCUGACUGCCGGGCAGCUGGGGACUGAGGCUUGCACGCUGUUCAGACACGUGUGUCAGGCUCUAGUGAAUGAGUGGGAUGAGCAGGAGAGGAGAGCUAGAGAGAAGGAGCAGAGGGAAGCCAGUCUGUACCGCAGCCGCUCACGUCUGCAUGGAGGAGGCCUCACUGAGGACCAGCAGGAAGAGCGCGAGUUCAGACGAUCCUUCCCCACCUACCACAAGGAUUUCGCUGACAUCACUGCUGAACCUAGUCUGGAGCAGCCAAUCAUAAUUGAGGAUGAUGAAGACGAAGUUGAAGAGACGGACUCUCGUGAAAACAGUGGCUUCCGUUUGACGUCCUGCCAAAACACCAUUGUGCAAGUGCACAAGAGACUGUGCCUGUCGUACGCCCGAUCCCUGUGGUACCAGCCCAGCCAACUGACCAAUCAGAGCAAAGACCACCUGAGCGCUCUGGUCGCUUCUUAUCAAAUUACUGCACCCUUGAUAGCACGGUUUUAUCAUCUUAUGGACUGUGAAAUGGACUCUCAAAUGACAGGCUCUCAGCUGUUGCUGAGUUCUCUCCUGCAGAACACCGUAAGGGGCUCUGGGGGUCCGGCCGCUCUGAUCCUGCAGAGUGAUGGCCCUUAUGAUUUCUACAGAGAGCCCAACAUGAGCCAGGCCCGGCUGUGCCUGCCUGCCCUCGAGCAGCUGAGCCGAGCCGUCAGGCAGCGUCUGGAUGAUUGGCCAGAACACCCGGCUCUGGUUCAGAUCACUGUGGUGAUGGAGAGAGUCUUGGCCUUUAGCCUGUCCAGCCCUCUGGCCAAGUUCCUUAACGGUCUGGAGAUCCUGCUCAGCAAAGCACAGGACUGGGAGAACAAUGCCAGUCGCUCUGUGUCUCUGAGGAACGAGUUGGAGUCCAUCACUCAACUCAUCAUCCAGUGGAGGAAACUGGAGCUCAACUGCUGGUCAAGUAGUCUGGAUAACGCUCAAAAGCGUCACUCAGAGAACUCCAACAAGCACUGGUUCUCCAUCUACCAGCUGAUUGAGAGAUAUCUGCAGGAGAAGAGGACGGAUUCUAAGUCUGAUGGAGCUCUGGACGAGCUGCCUCUUUCCUCAGUCUCGUCCACUCUGCAGGGCUUUAUGGAGGGAUCUACUGUGGGAGAGUUUCACACUCGUCUAGCAAUGCUGCUGGCCUUCCACUGCCAUGUCUUGCUGGCUCCUAAACAAGAAGGACAAGCUUUACUCUGCAGUUUGCUGUGGAACCUGCACAAGUACUAUUCACAGUUUUCCGACAGUGUCCAGUCUCGAGUCAGUCAACUAAGAACACCCAUUGAGAAAGAACUCAAGGAUUUUGUCAAGAUCUCCAAGUGGAAUGAUGUCAGUUUCUGGUCAAUCAAACAGUCAGUGGAGAAAACACACAGGACCCUGUUUAAAUUCGUGAAGAAGUUUGAGGCAGCACUGUCUGAGCCGUGUGCUCCCUGCCUGAUCGAGCAGGGGAGCAGUGCAGGGAUGGACAGCGUGGACACCCAGCCAGAGGAGACGCCACUCCACCGACUCCACCAGGCACUCAACAGCAGCCUGCCAGGACGGGGUAGAGACCUUCAGAUUGACACUCAGGACGAGGUAAUGGAUGCUGUGGAGCCUUCAUCACUGCAGGCCCGCCUGCCAAUCCUCACAAAGAAGAUGAGGAAGAUGUGUGUACAGCUGGUGAAGACAGCUCCCCUCCCAGAACUGUCCGAGGACCUCGACCAGUUUACAGCGGAGAUCAUCACUAAUGUGCAGGCUCUGCAGAGUCUGACGGUGGAUCGUUCCACAGAGCAGGAGAGACAGAAGGCUGAGGUCAAACACAUCCUGCUGCAGAAACAGAGAGCACUGGCUGACCUUUUCAAGAUGCUGUCGCAGAUCGGUCUGUCAUACCGCAAAGGCCUCACAUGGGCUCGUACAGCAGAUCCAGAGGAGCCGCUGUGUUUACAGCCCAUAGAGAUGCAGACGGCACUGUCAGCGGUCAGAGCGAAGGAACCGUCUCCCAACACACUUUUUGCAGAGUUGACGAGUGCCUGGGAUGGCUGUCAGAAGUAUUUUUACCGCUCCUGGGCCAGACGUAACGCCAUGCAGGCUGCACUGCUUUCAGCUGCAAAGGAGCUGGGUUUGGGGAACGUGGAGCGCUGCCGUGGUUUCUCCUCUCACCUCUUCAAACUCCUGCUGAGACAAAGACGUCGGCUCACCAAACUGACGGAACAUUGGGUGCACCUCAGGAAGCUGAUCGACAGCGUGCAGGAUGUUCACUCGAAUAUGACCAGCUCCGAGAAGGAAGAGAGCGGUGGUCUUCCUCCUCAGGACUCUCUCCGUAGCUGGUUAAUAAGAGCUCAGGCUCUGUCUCAGCAGUGCAGCGCAGCCCUGCAGCAGUUCUCCUGGGUUCUCCAGUGCUGCCCGGAGGGUCCUUCUUCUGCACUUUCCCAGGCCGGACAGGGUGAGGCCACCCUGAGCCACCCGUCCCCCCUCGCCCCUCACCUGCAGCCUCAGGCGUGUCUGAUGAGGCGAGGUGAGGCUACCUGGAACGAGGCAGUGCAGCGGGUGGAGCUUUUGUACAGUGAGAGUGUCCAGCUGAAAGAGAAGCUUAAUGCUUUAGAAGAGGAGUCCUCACAAAGAGCCAUUCACACAUGGAGCCACAUGGACCAGUGCUGUUCGUGUGUGUACGGGUUGGGGUCUCUGGCGGACCGGGUGGUGGCUUUGGAGCAGCUCUUCGUCCCUGAGGGAGUUCCAGUUCUCAACAGUCAACAAGCCCUGACCCGAGGUCUGCACGCGGUCAGAGGCGAGGUGGACAACUGUGUGACGGAGUUCACCGCGUGGAAAUCUCAGCAGCUAUCACUCGGACAGUCUGCAAAACGACCGGUUUCAUCAUUUUGGACAGAGUUCUCAGAGCGUGUGGAGAACACCAUAAACACGGUUCUGUGUGCAGUACAGAACUUGGUGAAACGAAAAGAAAGAGAAGAAGAGCAGCAGGCAGACAGCAGGAGAGAUUCAGAUUCUGAGGUCGCUGAGGAGCUGUUGAAGCCAGGUCAUCUGAGCAAGUUGCUUGAAGAAGACCUGAUUGCAGACGUGUCGUCUCUCUCUCUUCCUGACGUUGUGGGAAUGACGGAACAGUUACUGCAGCAACUGCGAUCUCACAGAGACGCCUGUUCACCACAGCAACUAGGGGAUCUGAGUGAGGCCUGCAGGUGUUUGGUUCGUUUGGAGCCCAUGCUGUGUGUGUACUCAGAGCUGGUGCGCUGGUACGUGGCAGUGUGUAUGGGCGCUCACCGCAGCACCGGCAAACUGCUGUCCGUACUCGCCAGCCUCUUCACUGACCUCGGCCAGAAGGGAUUUUGUUUGCCCCAGGAGCUGAUGGGAGGAGGCGAUGGAGAGGGAGCUACAGAGUUCCACGACUAUGAGGGAGGUGGCAUUGGAGAGGGAGAGGGGGUUAAAGACGUCAGCGACAAGAUUGAGAAUGAAGAUCAGGUUGAGGACACGUUUCGGGAAGGAGAAGACAAAGAGGAGAAAGAACCGGACGAUAGAGACAUUAAAGAAGAAGACAACGCAAUUGAGAUGUCUGAAGACUUCGACGGGAAGACGCAUGACGGCGAGCCUCGAGAACAAGGUGAAGAUGAGGAGGACUCUGAUGAGGAGCAGAAUGAGGAGCUGGAUAAGAAGAUGGGAGAUCUGGGAGAUGGGCCCACAGACACCCUGGACGAGAGGAUGUGGGGUGAUGAAGAUGAGGAUGACGACGAUCUUGACGGCAGUGAUAAAGAGGAUGAGUCUGGAGCAGGAAUGGACCAGGGAGAGUCAGAGUUGGUUGCUAAAGACGACAACACAGACGCUGGCAAGUCCAAAAAAGACGAGAAGAACAAGGACAAAGAUCAUCCACUGGACAAAGAAGAGAAGGAGAAAAUACAUGAACAAGUAGACGAGCGUGAAUUUGAUGAGAAUGAGGUGGACCCCUAUCACGGAAAGAAGGAGCAAAAAGCUGAACCAGAGGCCAUGGACCUGCCCGAGGAGCUCAACCUGGACCAGGGAGAACAGGGUGGAGACGAUGAAGAAGGAGAAGGAGAUGGUGAGAACCCCUAUGACAUUGAGGAUAAACCCAUGGAGGUGGAUGAGGAAGCAGGGGAGGGAGAGGAAGAAGGAGCAUCAGAGAUUGAGAUGGAAGACAAACAGAAUGCUGAAGGAGAAGGAGAAGAAAACCAGAAAGCUGAGGAACAAGAUGGAGAGGAACAAACGGAAGGAGAUAAAAACUCUGAAGCAGAUGAGAGAGGAGGGAGUGAGGAGGAGGGGGAUGAGGAUGAGAAGGAAAGAGGACAGGAGGAGGGGAAAGAUGAUGACAAGGCUAUUCCUGCUGACCAGGGCCAGAGGCCGAAGGAAGAGGAGCAGGCUGAUGAAGAUAAUGAGGAUGAGGAUGAUGAUGCAAAGGUGGAAUCCACAGAGAGGAAAGAGCACGCGACUGACGGGCAGACGGGCGACGAGAACGUUCAGAGUGACACAGCAGUGGAGCUGGCAGGUGCUGCAUCAGAACGAGACCAGGCCAAAGAGGAGCAUGGCAGUGGGACAGCUGAUGCUAAUGAGACUGAGGGACAUGACUCGAAACUGAUGGCCAGGAUGAGCUCACAGAGACAGAGACAAAAGCAAACCCAGAACUUCAAGCGGAAGCCGGGGCGGGCGGAUAACGAGCGCUCUCUGGGAGACACUAGUGAGCGAGUGAACAAGCGCCUGCGCACGAUGGAAACCACAGAGCGAAGAGAGCAGGAGCAGACCUCAGCUGAUGCUCUGCAGGAGUCUGACCUGUACGAGCACAUCAGACAGGGAGAGGAGAAGUACGACGCUCAGACGUACGAUGCUGCCAGUGCAGAACAACAAAGACCUUCUGCCAUGAAACAGGAGGAUGACAAUGAAGAAGAUGACAUAGCCAUGGACACAGACGAGGAGAAAGAGCUGCAGGCAGUUGAAGCUCCAGAACUAAAACCAGAGAAGAUGGACGGCUCAAAGGCCUCUAAUAGAGGUUUGGAAGAGGGAGAACUGGAGAGCCAGAAUAAGGUUGAAAAAGAGGAGGACAAACCAGAGUCAAAGAGAAAUCGUGAAGAAGAGAAGAAAGAGCGCAGUCGAGAAUCUACUAUUCACACGCUACCAGAACUACUGACAGAAACGCUUAAGAUCCAAGUGAAAGACCCAGAACUGCUAAGGAGAGAGUUAGAGCUGCAGUUGGAAGACUGGCAAAAGCAAACUGGAGGAUCACUAGAGGAGGAGAGUGCAGCAGCAGGGAUGUGGCAGCAGUACCAGGCGCUCACAUCUCCUCUAUCACAGCAGCUGUGUGAACAGCUCCGACUCAUUUUGGAGCCAACGCAGGCUGCCAAACUCAAGGGAGACUACCGCACAGGCAAACGGUUAAACAUGAGAAAGGUCAUUCCUUACAUCGCCAGCCAGUUCCGCAAAGACAAAAUCUGGCUGAGGAGGACGAAGCCUAGCAAGAGAGACUAUCAGAUCUGCCUGGCUGUGGACGACUCGUCCAGUAUGGUGGACAACCACUCUAAACAGCUGGCGUUUGAGUCUGUUUCUGUAAUAGUGAAUGCUCUGACUCUGCUGGAGGUGGGACAGGUGGCAGUGUGCAGCUUUGGGGAAAGCGUCCAGCUUCUUCACCCUUUCCACCAUCAGUUUAACGACCAAUCAGGAGCCAGAAUACUGCGACUCUGCCAGUUUCAACAGAAAAAAACUAGAAUAGCUCAAUUUUUAGAAACUUCAGCCAACAUGUUUGUGGCAGCUAAACAGCAGAACCCUGGUUCUGCAAAUACAGAGACAGCUCAGUUGCUGCUGAUCGUGUCUGACGGCAGAGGCUUGUUUCUGGAGGGAAAGGAAAGAGUCGCCACAGCGGUUCAAGCUGCUCGCAGUGCGAACGUCUUCGUUAUAUUUGUGGUGCUGGACAACCCCAACUCCAGGGACUCCAUAUUGGAUAUUAAAGUGCCAAUCUUCAAAGGGCCGGGGGAGCUGCCGGAGAUCCGCUCGUACAUGGAUGAGUUCCCCUUCCCCUUCUACAUGAUCCUGCGCGACGUUAAUGCUCUGCCUGAGACCCUGAGCGACGCACUGAGGCAAUGGUUCGAGCUCGUCACUGCCACGGACCAAUAACCAGCCACUGUGCAGGAGCCAUUCAGCUGGGGCCACACGUCUGCGCAAACGACCAGUGCUGCUAGCCCUCCCGGACAUGGAGACAUAGACAGAUGCACAUGUGCGCGCGCACACACACACACGCAUAUAAGAACACAUCGGACCGGCUGCUGUACAUGUGCCUUUUUUCUUAAUUUUGGUAUUAUUUUAUUGAAUUGUAGUUGGAGAAAUUGCUGCUCUUAUUAUUCCUCACAUUGGGAAUUUUAAAGAGCUUUGAAUUAUAUUAGAUUUCUUUUCUCAUUUGUUGUUUCAAGUGUUCAAGUUUUGCACGAUUUUCCGUUUUUAUGUUUCCGUUUUUGAAAGUAAAAGAUCAUGUGAUUCUGAAAGAAGAAGAAAAAACACGGACUUGCGGAAUGUGGACUUUUAGUGAUACCUCUGAUCCCAGGCACGUUCAUGUACACGUCCGGUUUCAAAAUGUGAAAUACUGUUGGGCGAGCAAUCCAGCCAGUGCUCAUCUGACGCGGUCAAAAUGGCCCAAAAACAGAAGUACAAGUGCACGUGGAUAUUCUCGUCCUGACACAUUUAAAGAAAUCCAGCAAAAAUGUGCCUUUCAAGCCUCCCCCACUUCGUUUCCACCAUUCUUUACUAGGACAGUGUGCGGAAAACUCAUUGCCAGUGCACAUUUUGAAGGAUUCUGACUACUGCAUCAGGCCCUUACUUCCCACGCUGAUGAAGAGGACAUUUACAUAUUUCCAAAAAAAAAAAAAAAAAAAAGCACUGUUGGACUUACAGCCCAGUUUGUGCCCUCAGACUCACACACCAGAUUCAACCGCUAGAAUCUGGCCUUCCCCGGCCUAAAGAGACUUAACAGAAGGUACACACACACACACAGAUCGCAGCUACACAAACCUGAACCACAACUCUGACCAAGUUUAAAUACAGUUACGUUUGACCUCAUUUUGAUUAAACUACUUCUAGGAGACAUACACACUCUUUCUGUUUAGUAUGUGCAUUCUGUGUUCAAACUGGUAGCCUCAAUUCAGAAAGGAUUUCUCCUGUAGACCACAUUUCAACCCAUGACUCUGCAGAUGUUCUGGAUCUUCAGUCAUUUCAGCAUCUGAUCUCAGUUGGGAACAGAAAUAAAAAAAAAAAGAUUUUGGA